CAGGUGACGUCGGCCGUCAUAAAACAACGCCUGGCCGAGUCCGAGACGACCGAGGAGAAGAUCAGCGUGGCCAGAGAGAAGUACCGCUGUGUGGCCGAGAGAGGCUCCGUCAUGUACUUUGUGGUGGCGGACAUUGGCGAGGUGGACCCCAUGUACCAGUUCUCACUCAAAUACUUCAAACAGGUUGGCCUUUCUUUUCACCAGUUUUUUUGUUUUUUUUCAAUGGACUUUUAUUGCUUGCUAAUUGUGGAUGUCCAGUUAAAUACGUUCUAAUAAAUUGUGUCUUUAAACCCAUUGAAAUUGUAGUUCAUUUAACUAUUUUUAGCGUAUCGCGCGCCACAUCAUGGUACUUUAUAUUUAAAUAUUUUUUUAUUUUUUUUUUAUUUAAACGCUUUGGCUAGAUAGCAAGCGUGAAGGCAACUUAAUAUUUGGAAAUAAAUUACUGGGCGUUAAAAUUUUUAACACAUUUUUGUGAAUCAAACUGUAUUCCUUUUGUAUAUUUGUAACUGCUUUCGGGGAGAUAUCCUGUGAAAAUUUUCUAAUCAUAUGGUAGUGUUAAAGAAUUUUUUCAUUCAUAAAAAUGGACGGAAUAUAAGAGCAACAAUCCAUUAUCUUCCAAAAUCUUUGCUGAAUAAGAUGAUUUGUUUUAUCGCUCUGUCUCUUCCACACACAAAAAAAGCUCUUUAAUAAUACAAUUGCGACCAGUGAAAAGUCCGAUGAUCUGGCGGUCCGCCUGGAAACAUGCAUGGAGGAGACCACGACCUGCAUCUACAAAAAUGUGGCCAGGUACCUUGAACAAAAUUAG